AUACAGAUUUUUUUGCCUGUGCAAUGGCUGCUGCUGCCACCGCCGCCGUCUCCGCUCCCCGGCGGCAAUGGCGGUACACGUGGGAAGCGCUAGCCCACCUCCCCCUCCUCCGCCUAUACCUCUUCCCCCGCCCCGCACUCUCCUCUCCCUUCCCCUCCGACCUCCGCGCCGACCUCCGACUCCAGGGUUCCCUCCUCCACCUUUCCUUCUCGCUCCCCGGGGACGGGGCCGCCGUCGCGCUCAGGGUUCCCGUCCCGAGGGUGCUCGUAGACCCCUCCGCCCCCGUCGAGUGCCGUGCCGCCGCCGCGGGGGACCACCUCGAGCUCCGCCUCGCGCUCGUCCUGCCCGUCGACCAUCCCGUCGUCGCCGCCGCGUUCCCCCCGCCCGCCGGCGCGGAGCCUCCGGCUUGUCUAGCGCUGCGCGAUGAUUUGAAGAGCCUAUCUACUGGAGACGUUCACUUAUAUUGCAAAAAUUGUUCGUCAAGGUUGACAAAACAGCCACUAAGGAAAAUCAUGGAAAUGCCAUCUGUAGAUUGGGAAGAUGUGGCUGACAAUUGGUUUGGUGGAUGUUGCACCUCAUUUGGUGGUGCAGGCGAGAAACUAGUCUCUCAGUUUAUUAGCGCAUAUGGUCGUUUAGAGGGAACAAGUCUACUGGAUGCAACUGCCAUUACUGUAGAAACAGACUGUCUUGAAGUGGAUUUAGUGUCUCAGGUAGCUGGUUCAGCUGUUAGUAGAGAUUUUCUUGCUCUAAAAGAAGCUAUAUUAGAUGUUAGUGUAGAAAAAGAUCAUACCACUGUGAAGAUAAAGAUGAAUAAUUCAGAAGAGCAAGCAAAUAUCACAGCUACUCAUGCACAACCGCCUAUUAUUUUGGAAGAGGGGCCUAGUGUUUGUAGUAAUGAAACAAAUGGAGUCAGUCCUCAGACUAAUGAGUCUGUCACUUCUCAGAUGGGAACUGAUACUGAUGUGUACUUUGAGAAGUCUGAGAAUGACUGUUGUGUUGAGAACAUGGGGAAAUCUAAGAAAGAGGUUGAUUUGUCGCUGGUAGAUCUGGGCCAUUGCUGUUGUGUCAAUCGAUACAGUGAGAAAGCUGAAGAUAACCCUUCACAAAUGUCCUUGGGGAAUGAGAAAAAGCAGAAUAUGUUGGAGAUUAAAAGAGAUUACAAAUUAACAAAAACUAUUUCUCUUGGUAGUAGCUUCGUUGUUAAAGCAUCUAACCUCUUGAAUGAUUUCGAGUGGGUUGAACUUCUUUGUGGUCGAUGCUCAUCACCUCUUGGCUCAUACCCUUCUCAGUGUUCGUUUGUUCCAGCUGAUGGCCGUGUACGGCUCUUCAAGUGCUACACAUCUACAGAAAUUCCUGUAACAGGGCCUCAUGAUGUAUUUAGGAGACAUACAUUGGAAAGAGUUUUUGUGAAUCUGUUGCUCAAAGUCGCAGAAGACGAAAUAUCUUUUCGUACAGUAGUCAGAGAUUUGAAAACCAAAAGGCCCAUGCUGCAAUUAGUUCUUCUUAGUUCAAAAGCAUGGUUAUCUUCUGGUUGCUGCUACGAAAAUGAUAUCGAUGGUUCACAUGGAACAGCAGAUCUGCAGCCUAGUGUUAAACUCUUGUAUUCUGAUUGCAGCAAUGCUUCAGAAGCAGACUUAAGGAUUGUAGAAGAGUGGACAUCCAAAUAUCGGGCUGAAGAGCUGUACAUGAUGAUGCGUCAAAUAGAUGAACUUACUGAAUGCCUAAGCUCAGCAAUGGACAACUUUCCAAUUUCUUGUUCUUCCCUUGAAGGGAUGCAGCUCUCAUCUCUUAGGCGCUGACUUGAGUAUUCAACAGGGGAAUUGUGUCUGGACUGAUCACAUUUUUGUACUCAAACGAGUCUACAGCAUAGAAUCCUGAUUGGCAUACCUGAUCAUCCUCAGUUUCUUUUGACCUUUCAGGAGCUCCCUAAUCAUUUAUUCUUUAAAAUUCAAGAUGUCACGCCUUGUCCUCUGCUCUCAAUAGACUUGGUGGCAUCCAAAAUGGAGCAAUGGCUAAUCCAAAACUUUCAGCUUCUCUAGUAAUCUGCUUGCACAGCAUUUAGCAUGCUGUUAGUGGCUCUGAUGGUUUAAAUGAUCAACAUACUAUUGGUGACAAAUUUGUGGAGUGACUUGCUCUUGGAAGCUUUAGGUUUCCUUUCAGAUUUGAACUAAUUUUUUGAACCAACCACAGAUCAGCGUCAUAUUAAUAUUGGCCCUGAUGCUACCAGAACAUCUUCUAUUGAAAUGGCUAAGUCCUGAAUGUACGGUUUUGGCCUAAGGUCGAACACUGCUGCAUCCCAGAGGUCCCGGGACACAUUUGUGAUUAUUUUGAUGUAAAACCAUACUAUUCCUUGUCCAUUAAGAAGACAAAAAGGACAUACGAUCAAUCGGGAUUUAUAUUGCGGAAGGAAACAGUACUUUGAGCUGUCAUACAUGGGGUACAACCACUGUGCCCUCUGAUAGGAUAGAAGAACUAGUCUCUGUGCUUGUGUAACAUAACAUCAGCAGUUGAUGAGCACCCCUGGGGCACAUUCAUGACUGGUAACUUGUUCAUUCCUUUCCUACUGAAAUCAUUUCA